AUGGCCGGCCGCCUCGCCGGCGCCGGCGCUUCCUCGCCCCUCCCCCGCGCGCUCCUCCUCCUCGCCGCGGUAGCCCUCUUCUCCAUAUCCUUCCUCUCCCUCCGCUCGCUCCGCCCCGCCGCGGCCCCCUCCCUCCCCCUAGAUGAACCCCGCCGCCUCCGUUUCUCCUCCCCUCUGCCGGCGUCGCGCCCCUCGGUCUACCACUCGCCCGAGGCGUUCGCGGCGGGGUACGCGGAGAUGGAGCGGAGCUUCAAGGUCUACAUCUACCCGGACGGCGACCCCAAGACCUUCUACCAGACGCCCCGGAAGCUCACGGGCAAGUACGCCAGCGAGGGAUACUUCUUCCAGAACAUCCGGGAGAGCCGCUUUCGUACCGAAGACCCCGACAAGGCCGACCUCUUCUUCGUCCCCAUCUCGCCCCACAAGAUGCGCGGCAAGGGUACUUCAUAUGAAAAUAUGACAAUGAUAGUUAAGGAUUAUGUUGAAGGCUUGAUAAGCAAGUACCCUUACUGGAACCGCACACUAGGAGCGGACCACUUCUUUGUCGCAUGCCAUGAUGUAGGCGUGAGGGCGUUCGAAGGACUUCCAUUCAUGGUGAAGAACUCUAUUAGAGCUGUCUGCUCGCCAAGCUAUAAUGUUGACUUUAUCCCUCAUAAGGAUGUUGCUCUGCCUCAAGUAUUACAGCCAUUUGCUCUACCUGAAGGAGGGAAUGACAUUGAAAACAGGACAAAUCUUGGAUUUUGGGCUGGUCAUCGCAACUCGAAAAUACGAGUUAUUUUGGCACGAGUCUGGGAGAAUGAUACAGAACUUGCUAUUAGCAAUAAUCGGAUUAAUAGAGCUAUUGGAGAGCUAGUUUAUCAGAAGCAGUUCUACCGUACUAAGUUCUGUAUCUGCCCUGGUGGCUCUCAAGUUAAUAGUGCUCGUAUAUCUGAUUCAAUACACUAUGGCUGUGUCCCUGUUAUUUUGUCGGACUACUAUGAUUUGCCUUUCAAUGAUGUUCUUGACUGGAGAAAGUUCGCGGUUGUACUUAAGGAGCGCGACGUAUAUGAACUAAAGAGUAUCCUGAAAUCUAUAUCACAGCAAGAAUUUGUUGCAUUGCACAAAUCUUUAGUUCAGGUUCAGAAACACUUUGUAUGGCACUCACCUCCUGUUCCUUAUGAUGCAUUCCACAUGGUUAUGUAUGAGCUGUGGCUGCGGCAUCAUGUGAUCAAGUACUAA